AUGUUAGGUACGUUAGACGAAGAUAAGAAAUCAGAUUGGAAAACCUAUGUAGCGCCUCUUGUCCACUCUUAUAAUGCUUCGAGACAUGAAAGUACAGGAUAUAGUCCUCACUUUUUGAUGUUCGGUUUGCAUCCAAGACUGCCUAUAGAUGCGUUUUUAGGUAUUUCAUCUGGUUUUCCUGUUAAAGAUCACAAGACAUAUCUAAGUAAUCUAGAAAAGAGACUACAGUUCGCAUAUAAAACAGCAGCCAAGGUAGCGGAUAAGGCAGGUAAACGCCAUAAGACCAGGUAUGAUUUGAAAGUAAGACAUUCUAAUCUACAGAAAGGGGACAGAGUUUUGCUCAAGAAAGUAGGAUUUAAAGGUAAGCACAAACUACAGAACAAAUGUAAUAGAGAUCCAUAUAUUGUCGAGUCUCAGCCAGAUACUAGUAUACAUGUAUACGUACUUAAACCUGAACAUGGUCGUUCAAGGAAGGUAACUGUACAUAGAAAUAUGCUGCUACCCAUUUUUUCACUACCUACAGAUGAGAUAGUACGACAACAAAUUCCGUCUAGUUGUAAAAAGGGUAAAACCUUUACUAGACCACAGAAUUUGCAAAAAGACGAUACUGUUGAUAGUGAUAAAAAUGAGCUAAUGCUCACAGAGGUACGUAGUAACUCUAGCGAUGAGGAUGAUGAUGAUAUAUGUAUAGUUGCUACUCGGUCUCCUAGGGUAAUAGAUCCUGACCUAAGUUCACAGUUGGUACUUAAUCCUCAGGCCCCAGAGUUUUUACCGUCAUCGUCUAGUAGUUCUUUACCAGUUUCAGAUUUAAGUAGUUCUCGUUCAGAUUUUAGUGGAGAUUUGCUAAGUGAUACGUCAGGUCAGUCUAGUGUACAUUCUGGUGUUAAUGAUAGCUCUACAUUAAGUGGUAUGUCUGCUAGUGGUCAUACGGAAAAUAACUCCGUUGCCUUUGAGGCUACAUACACACAACCUGUCUUACGUCGGACGACUAGACAGUGUAGAGCCCCACAGUGUUACCAGGAUUUUAUUUGGUAUCGUUGA